AUGGCUGUUCUGCAGACGCUCUCUCUUUUUUUGCCCUUUUCGAUUUUUCUUUUUCCUCUUUUGGACGUUUUAGGUUGUUUUAUUCGUUUUAUUCUGUUUUCUCAUUCUUUUUUUACCGCAAGUUUAAAUUGUCAAACAAGACCUCCACUUUCCGAAGUCUGGUUCACCCCGAAGACUCAAAACCAUUCAAUGCCAACUCAACCCGGGAACCACUGCCGAGAAGAUUCUCUCCCUUCACUUCCUUCUGAUCCUCUACAAACCUUCACUGGUUCUGUUGUUGGCUCUAUCUCUCGUCGCAACCGUCGCUCUUUUGCUGCUCUCGCUCAAAAGACAUCUAACGCCAUCGCCAGUCUCUCUGGAACUACCACCCUACGCUCUUCAACCUCCUACGGCAGUUUGUCAAGAGCACAGCAUUCCCCCUGUACACCGUUCGACGAACCAUAUUUGCAAUUGACGGAAUCUUCGCGCCCUUGUUCCCCGGCUUUGGUCGACACUCUCCCCGCCAAUUCGCAGAAGCGUCGCCUGACUCUUCAGCGCCUGCCUACACCUGACGACAAUCGGUCUUCCGAACCCGCCAAGAUGCAUCAAACGUCCUCAAGGUUAUUGCGCAUGACCGAGGAUGAGCGCCCUUUCACCAAGGAUUUCAUGGACUUGUUCUCCACCUUGAUGGUCAGCUUGAAAUUAGAUUCUCACCGUGUCCGGUUUACGCGAUAUGAUCACACAUUCACCUCCGAAGAGGCCAUCAAUAACUUGGGUUCCCUCAAGUUCUCCCAGUCCAACCGCAUGCCUGACCCCAAGGACCCGUCCCGCAUUGUCACCACUACCACAACCACCACUUUCUCCAUGGCCAAGGAAAUGGCUCGAUCCGUGUGCCAGCGAUUCGUCGAUGCUCGUUUUAUUGAAUCCGUGGACGGAAAGGCCCUCCCGAUCUUCCCUCUUAAGGGCGCUCUCUUCCAACUCACACCAAAGGGAAUCAACAUCCUGCAGCGAUUCUGCCAGCGGAACGGUAUUACCGCCCGUCACGUGAUGGAUGUGUUGGAGUCGCCGCGCAACACCAUGCAGCUGGUCAACCUCGAGCGAGACACCGAUACCGACAAGUUGUCCCACGACCGUGCCACGAUCGAGGUUAUUUUCCGCCGUUUCGCUGGUCAGGAUGGUCCCAAUGUGAAGAGCAGUAUCUCAACCUCCGACUCCGACUCCCUCAGUGAUUACACCAACGGUCUCGUGGGUGUGAAGGUGGCUCGGGAACGCAAGCUCCAGGAUGGCAAGAUUUACAGCAACACUUUCACUGGAAAGGCGUCCGUGGAUUGGCUGAUGGAUUGUUCGACUACGAUUGAGCGCCGCGAGACCUGUUUGAUUGCCGAGCUGUUCCUGAAGUACGGUCUGAUCACGAUGAUCCAGGACGAUAAAUCAUUCCCCGACGUCGGACCUACUGCACACUUCCAACCCUCCAAGUGGGCCAUUUAUGGCAUCACCGAACGUGGCCAGCGCGUGUGUGGAUGGAUUGCUCGCGAGAAGGCACGCGAGAAUAACAUUCAAUACGAUAGCCGUGGUAUGCCGCGGGAUUCCAACAACGCCCGACUGACGCACAUUCUCCAAGACCCCGCCCUGCGUUUGCUUUUCCGAGAGUUCCUUCGCUACUCGCUUUGCGAAGAGAACCUGUCCUUCUACCUCGAUGUUUCCGAGUUUACUGCCAAUUACCACAAGGCCGAGAAGAUGGGUACAUUCAACAAGGUGGACUCUGUGCGGGAAACCCUGGCUGCUGCUUAUGGAUUAUACAAUGCCUUUUUGGCCCCUGGUUCUCCCUGUGAAUUGAACAUCGACCAUGCUCUCCGCAACAGUCUGGCCAGCCGCAUGACCAAGGCUGUGGGAGAUGACGACUCCAUGUUCAAGAGCUUGCAAGAAGUGGUACACCUCUUCGAGCUUGCCCAAACAUCUGUCUUUAAGUUGAUGUCCAGUGAUUCGGUACCCAAGUUCCUACGUGACCCGAAGUAUGCUGUGGUGCUGCAAGAGCAUGACGUGGAUAUCAUGGGAGGCUCACGCUCAUACUCUCCCACGCCAGGCCCGCCCUCCAUCCCGGAGCGCAGUAUGAGCCGCUCAGCCCGUGCGUGA